GCGCACAUUUAUUCAGGGAGUUGCACUUCAGCUUUAGGGGUGGGGUGUCAGAGCUAAGUUCCUUUUGCUGUGGGGUAACCCCAGAUCGUCGUGGUUACUGUAGAUGAAAAAGAUGCAGAUACAUUUAGGAUAAUUGCAGGAUGAGAUUGGUCUCUUUCCGCCCUCGACCAAGAGCUGCAAUCAGGUCCCUUUAAGAGACCAGAAAUCCGUCGGGCGUCGCGGCCCGGAGCGGAGCUUCUCCUCUGCUCCUCCCCUGUCCCCGCGCGCGAAUGGUUCGCGCCGGCCUAUAUUUACCGGAGCUCUCACUCCCGGACGGCAAGGAUGUGAGGCUGGCGAGCCGGUUACCGCGCGCAGGACCGGGUUCGGCGCGCUGCAAAGGCGGGCAGUCAAUCAGGAGAGCCGGGAGUGGAGCACGGCGUCCCCGGGUGCGGAGCCAUGAGGUAGCGGCGCCCCUGAGCCGACAUGCGCGCGUCCCGCCCUCGGAGCCCAGCGCUGCCCGGGCGGCACCAGCCGGGACAGUGAGCUCCUGCCGGAGCGGGAUGCGGUGAGCGGCGCGGACGCUGCGCGGGGCCCGCGGGCCACCCGGGCUCUGUCACCCUCAGCCAGCUGCUGAUCUCGGGACCUGCCUGGCAGGGGCACCCGCUCUCCAGCAACCCUUGGGGGCGGGGAGCCUGGCCCCGGGGCGCGCUGCUGCAGAGACCCGGAGGCUCCGGGCCCGGGCCCGAUCGCCGUCUCCUGAGAGUUCUCGCACCUCCGCGCCCCAUCCUGGCUGCGCAGCGGAGACGCCCCCUAUUUAUCCCCACGCGCGCAUCUGGCUUUUUUCGGAGACAUUUUCCUCUCCACUCUCCUUCCCUUUUCUCUUUUCUUGUCGCUCGUCUGAGACUUUUGCCCUCGUCCUUAUCGAGACUGGGGUGUCUGUGUGUGCGCGCGCUGCCGUGCCCCCACCGUCCUUUGCGCACUGGAAGCUGAAAAUUUUCUUCUCUUAAAAUUGGACUCCACUCCCUGCGGGGUGCCCAAGUACUCUCUGUCCUGCUCUGCCUGACCCCCAGUGCUGCUCUCAGCAGAGUUCUAUUUUUUGAUCUUGCCCGGGACAAGCCCGGCCGAGGCUAGUGGCUCUGAGGGGCUCGCACCGCGCGCUCGGCCGCGCCGCCCAGCCGCGCCGGGGCGCACUCCGGAGAUGCUGCCGUGGAAGAGGCACAAGUUCGAGCUGCUGGCCGAGGCGCCGCCGCGGCAGGCGUCCAAGCCCAAAGGCUACGCCGUGAGCCUGCACUACUCUGCGCUUAGCUCGCUGGCGCGCGCCUGCCCCGAAGGCGCGCUCAGCCGCGUGGGCAGCAUGUUCCGCUCCAAGCGCAAAAAGCUGCACAUCACCAGCGAGGACCCCACGUACACCGUGCUCUACCUGGGCAACGCCACCACCAUCCAAGCGCGCGGCGACGGCUGCACCGACCUGGCAGUGGGCAAGAUCUGGAGCAAGAGCGAGGCGGGCCGCCAGGGUACGAAGAUGAAGCUGACGGUGAGCGCGCAAGGGAUCCGCAUGGUGCACGCGGAGGAGCGCGCGCUCCGCCGCCCGGGCCACCUCUACCUGCUGCACCGCGUCACCUACUGCGUGGCCGACGCGCGGUUGCCCAAGGUCUUCGCCUGGGUAUACCGGCACGAACUGAAGCACAAGGCGGUGAUGCUGCGCUGCCACGCUGUGCUAGUGUCCAAGCCAGAGAAGGCGCAGGCCAUGGCCCUGCUGCUGUACCAGACGUCGGCCAACGCGCUGGCGGAGUUUAAGCGCCUCAAGCGGCGGGACGACGCGCGCCACCAGCAGCAGGAGCUGGUGGGGGCGCACACUAUCCCUCUGGUGCCACUGCGUAAGCUGCUGCUGCACGGACCCUGCUGCUACAAGCCGCCGGUGGAGCGCAGCCGAAGCGCGCCCAAGCUGGGCUCCAUCACUGAGGACCUGCUCGGCGAGCAGCAGGAGCAAGAGGAGGUGGAGGAGGAGCACCUGGAGGCCUGCCUGGAGGAGGGGGACGAAGAGGAGGACGAAGGGGGUUACCGCAGGGCGCAGCAGGACCCAGACCAGGAGGGAGCCGAGGAGCGGAGCUCGCUAGUGGUGGCCAUGCACUUGGAUUGCGGGGACUUGUUGGACACGGUGCAGAAUGGCCGCGAGGAGGCGCUGGGCGGCGGAGCCGGGACGCCAAUUCCGCUGCCAGACGACGGUGCCUCCUCCGACAUGAAGGCCCAGCUGUCGCAGCUGAUUAGCGACCUGGGCGAACUCAGCAUUGGGAACGACGUGCGCACCCUGCAGGCGGACUUGCGUGUGACGCGCCUGCUGUCAGGCGAGAGCACUGGCAGCGAGAGCUCCAUCGAGGGCGGGGGCCCCGACGCCACCUCUGCCACCGCCGAAAACCCGGUUGGGCCUACCGACGGCGGUGCCAGCCCCAGCCCUAACGCGCCCCACUCUGGCUGAGCUACCGGCGCAGCCUCUGCUGUGCGCCCCCGGCACCCGACAGUGACACCCCAACCGUGGUCGCAGCAACCUCCCUCUCCCCUUCCUGCCCAAGGAAAGGGGAAACGGGGCGCCCCGCCCCCCGGGGGGCCCAGGGCAGGAGUUCCCCAUGUCUGCUUCCUUCUCGACCUGCGGCCCAGCACUUCUGGCUGCUCCGAUUCAGGUGGCUCAGGUUGCUAGAGGGGAUGUGGGGAGAUGCAAGAGAAAACCCUAAAGGAGAGGAAAGCCCUCUGGGAUGGGGUUGAGGAGAGGCCUCCAGCAACUGGAAAAGUCGGCCAGGCAGCCAGCUUCCUGUUUGUGAGGCAGCUGGGCCAGCAGGGGAGGUUUAACUUCCUCCGACCCCCUCCCUGGGAGCCAUCUUGCCCUGUCAUUGAUGAGUCCUUUAAAAAAAUCGCUGUCACAACAAGACUUUAAUGCCGUCCCGAACCACCAGUUCUUUUUGGUGCAAGAGCUUGGGCUGUUUACCUCGGACUCAGACUCUUGAAAAUCUGCCAAAUUCCUCAAAUAAUUGUUUGGGGGUGGGUUAUGAAAGAACGUUGCAUUUUGUUUACAGUUAGACAUCUGCUAUCUUUUAAAAAGGAGUUUUCCUGGGGCUGGGGAUUUAGCUCAGUGGUUCUGCCACCUGCCCUGCAAGCGCAAGGACCUGAGUUCGAUCGGAGUUUGAUCCCUGGUACCAAACAAACAAAUAAAAAGGAGUUUCCCUUUAGAAACACACACCUUCCUCCUGCCCCAGAGACCUCACUCCGUGAUGCUGUGUAGAAUAUUUUUGCACUGUUGUGAAGUAUUUUUGACUUUUUUUUGUACAUAACUGUGUUCUCAGAGCUGAAUGUUUAUAUCUCUUUUGCUGUGCAAAAGAAACAUGUAAAAUGUUGUUCAGUUGUAUAUAUGGAAAUGUGGAUAAAACAUUUUGUUAUUUUUUGAGUA